UCGUGAACAAAUUUUAUGGUGUGAUUUAUAUGGAUCAGUUCCCGAAUAUGAAAUGUGCCUGGUCUGUUUCCGCUACCACCCUUUUCGCUACUGCAGGCAGUUUAAGAAGAUGACGGUAAAACAAAGACAAUAUGUCUGUUUCGCCCGCACGCAUCUAGUCGGAGGAUGUAUUCCAAUGGAAGCCUGCCAGGAGUGUGGAGAUUUGCACCACACCAUGUUGCAUCCUGAGCGGUCCCAACGACAGCGUCAACAACCACAGCAACGACAACGUCUUCAACAACAACUACAACGACGUCAACAACAACCACAACAACGUCAACACCAACCGCAACGUCGUCAACAACAACAACGUCGUCGAUCACUACCUCGCCAGCAGAUGCAAUCGUCACGUCGCCGUCAGCAACAACCUUAACGUCGCCGUCAGCUGGUACAACGUCGUCGUCCCCAACCACGCCGUCGUCAAUCUGUUGCAGUUACCCAAAAUACCCAGGAAUUGGUACAACGGAUCGUUGCAGCUAUGGGCCAAUUGUCGGGGGCAUUAAACAUUGCACCAGUGCAAGAGGGGCGUGAUGUCGAGGAUCGAUCUGGCAACGACUUGAUCGACCUCGACUAAGCCGCAUCGGCCACAUAUUCAGCGGCGAUGUAAGUACGGUUCCAACCGUACUUUCGCGGCUAAGGAAGAAGAAGAAGUCAGUCUUCGACUACAACCGAACGCCAGCGGCCAUAAAAAACAAACUAAAACUUUAAAAAAACAUUUAAAACCAAA